AUGAGACCUAUCGUUUUAAUGGGACACGAGCGUCCACUGACGCAAGUUAAGUACAACAGAGAAGGUGAUCUACUAUUCACAUGUUCUAAGGAUAUUUCUGCCAGUGUCUGGUACUCAAACAACGGUGAGAGAUUGGGUACGUUGGAUGGCCAUAUGGGUUCUAUCUGGUCUAUCGAUUCCGACCACACUUCCUUAUACUGUGUUACCGGUAGUGCCGAUUAUACCAUCAAAGUGUGGACUCUAAUGAACGGCCAAUGUGUUCAGACAUGGAACUGUCCUGUUCCAGUGAAGAGAGUCGAGUUCUCCCCAUGUGGUAAGUAUAUCCUUGCGAUCUUGGACAACGUUAUGAAGAAGCCAGGUUCCAUUGAAAUUUACGAAGUUAAGAGAAAUCCAGAAACUAAUGAAAUUACCGAGUUCGUAGAAGAACCAAUUCACUCCAUUGUGACACACGAGGGUCUCGAUGCUGCCAGUGUAGCAGGCUGGUCCGGUGAGGGCAAGUACAUCAUUGCUGGUCACAAGGACGGUAAGAUCAGUAAAUAUGACACUCAGGAUGGCUACAAACUAGUGGAGUCCCAGCAAGUACACAAGGACAGUGUGAGUGAUCUACAGUUCUCCCCAGACCGUACUUAUUUUAUCACAUGCUCAAGAGACUCCAAUGCUCACAUUAUAGAUAUUGAAACGUUUAAAGUGUUGAAGACAUAUGAAACAGACAGUCCUCUAAAUAGUGCAGCCAUCACUCCUCUAAAGGAAUUCGUUAUCCUAGGUGGUGGUCAAGAUGCCAGUGAAGUUACAACUACCAGUGCUAGUGAAGGUAAGUUUGAAGCCAGAAUUUACCACAAAGUUUUCGAAGAAGAGAUCGGUAGAGUUGUUGGCCAUUUCGGUCCUCUGAACUCCAUCGCCGUUUCCCCACAAGGUACAUCCUACACAUCCGGUGGUGAAGAAGGUCUUGUUCGUUUGCACCACUUCGAGAAGAGCUACUUCGAUUUCAAGUAUGAUGUUGAAAAGGCCGCUGAUGCUAAGGAACAUAUUAGCCACGAAGCCUAA